AAAUCGGUGAGAAGAAUCCGAUCAGAAAUCACUGCUACGUCGUCUUCUUCUUCUUCUUCACGAGGAGAUUUUGUUAACUUGAGGUGAAUAUGAAUUGCGAAGUUUGUAAUCUGAAGGAAUUGGAAGUGGAAUCCUUCGAGAUACGCGAGGUUCUACGCUGCGUUCUACAUACUAUAGUCUUUCACCGAGCACUUGGUCUUAUCCGCCCUAAAGAUAUCGAUUUGGAGCUUUUUGACAUCACUUACGUACAAUGUGGUGAAAUAGAAGUGGAGAAGAAAAUCGAUGACAAGAUUGAGCAGUUCAUUACCUGGAUUGGCAAGCACCCCAACAAGAAAAGUCAGAUAUGUCUAACGUUUUAUGAAGUCAAAACCAAACAGCCCUCUUGGUUCACUAAUAAAAUUGAACGGUUAUACUGGGAACAAUGGAAUAUCAAUCUCAGUGCCUUUCAGCCGCCCACUAAACCUCCAGUUGGAAAGUCCCACCACUCUAAACUAGUUAUGGACCACCCUGGAGAGGAGUCUGAGGAUAUAAGUUCACGUAGGACACUGCUUGAGCAAUCCCUUCAAGAAGUCUUGUUCCAAAUCAUUAAAUUCGUUAAUGAGAAAAAAGAUCACGUUCCUCCUAUCAACGAUGGUGUUAUCUACUGCCCCUUUGAGAUCACUUUCCCUAGCUCAUCUGACUCGACCUUUGGGAUGGAUAUGCUCAAGAGGAUGCUCCACAGUGGUGGUCAUCCAUCUAUGCUCAGUUGAUUUCACAUUAAUCCACGCAACUUUAAUAGUGGUACAAAAACACUUGAUGUUACUGGGUGCAGCCUAACUCCGGUCAAAACUUUUGUACUUUCCUACACGCAUUUCGUGUGUAAAUAUGUAACACUUUGCCUCUCUUCUUAAUGUUUCCACGACGUACAAAGUUAAUUUACACUCUUAAUACA